GUAAAACCCACUUUGCCGAAAUCAAUAAUUCUGUAAACCUGACUAAAAAAAAAAAAGAAAAGUCUGUAAACCAAUUUAUAGUUUCUACUUUCCUUCUCCUUGUCCUUGCCAUUCGGUUUCGUCCACUGUUCCAGUUUCCAAUCAAGAAGACCGGCAUCGGCGUUGCGAGAUUGUAAGAUGUAUCUUAAGGCACAGCUUCCGUGGAAUGUGAUAAUACCUCCUGAAAAAUUGGAUGGAGGUCUGAUGCUGCAAAAGUCUAUAAUGUUAUGCUUAUUGGAGGAAUUUGCAAAUAAGAAAGCAACCAAGGAUCAUGGUUACUUCGUUGCAGUAACUACCCUGGAUAGCAUAGGUGAAGGGAAGGUUAGAUUUGAGUCAGGGAAUGUACUUUUYCCUGUUAUGUUCAGCUGUGUUACAUUCAAGCCAUUCAGGGGUGAGGUCUUACAGGGCACUGUAAAUAGAAUCAUGAAGCAAGGGCUCUUCCUGGAAUGUGGGCCCAUCAGAAACGUAUUCCUCUCUGCACAUAAACUGCCUGAUUAUCGUUAUGUCCCUGGGGAGAAUCCAGUGUUUUUGAGUGAUAAGCAUUCUAAGAUAGAGAUGAAUUCAGUGGUCCGCUUUAUGGUACUUGGAACCAGAUGGAUCGAGACAGAUAAGGAAUUCCAAGUGGUGGGUAGCUUGGAGGGUGAUUUCCUUGGACCCGUUUGGUAGUCAGAUUUUGUUGUGUUUUUCAAGCCCAUAGUAACUUCUUAGUCAUGGGUGAUUGGAAUUACAUCCUUCAACCUAGCAUUUUCUGUAUAUUCCCUAGUAACUUAGUAACCUUCAUUGCAAUAUAUGGUUCUUAACAGAGCGUUUAGUUUCGAUCAAAUUAUGUAAGUUUGGUUAAAACUUGUGCUCCUGCUUCUGAUCUUCUGUUGUUAAUAAUGGUUCUCUAAUUUCUUUCUUUGGUAUCAGACUGUCAGUUGUUCUACCAUAAUUGGUCAGAGGACAAACUCAGAGUACCCGUGGGUGGAUUAUGCAACCAUCUGGAAUCCUGGGCGAAAAUGACUAGUUUGAAUGUUUGAUCUCUGAUUGAAUGUAAGUCCAUAAUGUGUGAUCUUAAAAUGGAAUGACAUUGGCGUGAACAGAAGAAUGAUUCAAUUCUUGGGCCCUGUUUGGCAAUGUUCCCAGCUGUUCCUGUUCUUUUAGAAAUUUCUGUGCUAUAACAAAGAAUUUUAUUUCUUGUUCA